CACAUCGUAAAAGCAAAAGCGACGAAACACAGCCGUCCCUACGAAUUCCACUCCCACUCUAUAUAACUCCACUCCCACUACACCCCCAUCACACAGCAAUGGCGGAGAAAUCAAAAUUAAAGAAUGUGAUUUCUGAUGAAAGUAGUGAUGAUGAGAGGCAACCCGCAACCGAUCUUGAUCUUCCCUUGGACAAACUCAAUCUUGGCCCUCAAAAGAAACUCCUUGUGCUGUGCCUGGGUGGGCUGCUGGUCCACAGGGUGCACGUCAGGGACAAGGCGAGCAUACGAGGAUUGCGCCCUGAUAUUGUCCAUGGAAAAUUUUUUGUUUUUAAGAGGCCAUUCUGCACUGAGUUUCUGAAGUUCUGCUUCGAACGGUUUGAAGUUGGUCUUUGGUCCUCCGCCAGAGAUCACAACAUUGACGCUGUCCUGCGCGAGAUAACUGGUGGAACGGGAAGCAAGUUUUUGUUUGUGUGGGGUCAAGAUGAGUGCACUGAUUCUGGAUUUGGGUGCCUUCGCAAGGAGCAGAAGCCCUUGUUUCUGAAAGAACUGAAAGACCUGUGGGAAAAGAAAUAUAACAAAGAAAAGUAUUCUGCUUCAAACACUUUGUUGAUUGACGAUGAGCCACACACAUGUCUCGUCAAUCCGCCUAACACAGCAAUCUUUCCACAACCUUACAAGAAGCACGACCGCAAUGAUUCGUUUUUGGGUCCAAAUGGUGAGUUGCGCAAAUUUCUUGAUGGGCUUGCUGAUGCUAAGGAUGUUCCUUCCUAUGUGAAAGAUCAUCGGAUUGGACAGCCUGCGAUCACACCAUCACAUCCUGAUUGGAGCUACUAUGCCAAGAUUGUUAGUCAUUUUGACAAGAAAGGGGAGACUGAGAAGAGCGCUGAAACAUCUGAUGAUGAGUAGAAAGCAGUUCUGCUGCUAAUAGGUGUGCUUACUUUUACAGAAUGAGUGGAAUUAAUGUGUGUGUAAUUCGACCUUAUACUGGAUUUCAUGUCCGUAAGCGGUCCUAGAGAGAUAUCUGCUUAUAAAUUUCAGAAUUUAAUAUUAAUAGUGCAA